UCACCGGCUGCACUCCCGGCUGCGCUCCCAGCUGCGCUCCCGGCUUCGCCGCGCUGAGCACGAAACUGAAAGUAGGCGCGGAGAGCAGCCUGGCGACGGGCGCGGGGAGCCGGCUGCCUCUGCCGGGAAAUCACGUGGGUUCUCGGUGCCCCGGCCAGGGCGCGAGCGUGGGAUGGGCGGGGGCGGCACACGCCCUCCUGCAGGGCCCGCGUCCUGCGCCUCUUGGAGCUCAGCCACCUGUACGGAGGACACCCAGAGACGGCACCAAGGGACGCGGGGAGCGCUCGCCCCUUUCCUGGAUGCGAUACUGAGGCGAAGGGAUGAGGGUUGGCACACCCGGGUCGCGCCAGUAGACCCCGGGCUGAGUUCGGCUCUCCCUGCCUCUCUGGAGACUAAGACGGUGUCCUUGUAUUUUUGUCUCCUUCUGCUGGUCCCACGUCCCUGUGAGAAGGGAAACUGCUCCCCUUCCAGCACCAACUCUGAUAUCCAGAAAUCACGUGACAGCACGGAUUUUGCAGUCAAGUGCUUGUGGGUGAUGACCAGCUCCACCAUUUCAGGUGAAACAGAGACAGAGAGGGUAACAUGCCGAGAUUACACGGCUAGCAGCACAGGAGCCGGGAUCUGGACCCAGGCAGGGCAGCUCCAGAACCCCUGCUCUUGGUCACCAUGUGAUACUCCCUCUAGGCUAACACAGUUCUUACCAGAACCCUAUGUGGAAGGGACUCGGCACAUGCCAGUGUCUUCCUAUGCUUUUCCCCCUUCCAUUUGGCCAAUGCGGCAGCGAGGGAUUUUCUUCACACACCUUCCCUGGAGCCUGGUACCUCCCAAGACUGAGAUGGCAGAAAGAAGCCUUCUGUAUUCUAGCCUGAGUGGGAAGAAGACACGCUUUGCGCAUCAUAAGGUGGUCUGGCUGGUGCUCAUAAGAGGUUACUCUUCCAUGUUAAAGUCUGAUUUGCUUUUUAGAGGCUCCAUCCUCGUCCUCUUCUACCAGAAACCAGACCUCUGUGAGGGCCCCCUACCCUCCCUGCCAUCCUCCGGAUCUGAAGCCCCUAUGGUCCCAUAUUUCCUAUCCAGCACUGGAACCACAUGGAACACAGAAUGGGUGACACCUCAUACAGAAAGCUGGUCAGAACAGGAGAUGGGACCUCGGUGGGUGGGUGGGGAAGAGGGCCCAGUGCUGUGGGGGAGGGAAGAGAGACGGUCUGACAGACGCUCUCUGCUGACCGAUGGGGAGACAUACUGGGAAUCCAAGAGGCUUAAGUUCUCCUUCCUGGAGCAGGAGGCCUGGGUGGUAGUGAUGGUGAUUCUGAUACAGGCCAAAGUUUGA